AUAAAAUAAUUUUAAAAUGUCAGUAAAAACAAUUGUGUCCAUGAAUGAAAAUCAGGUAAUCAAAACAGAACCACCAGAAUAUUCAGAAGAAUUUGAAGUUGAGGAUAAAUUAGAUAUCCUCGACAAUGGUAUUAUUAAAUAUGAAUCAUGUUCUAAUAUUGAAGGUGAUGGAAUAUGUUUAGAAAGAUUCAUAAAGUCUGAAGUGACCAUUGAAAAAGAAGUCAAACAAGAGCUAAUCGAUUAUGACAUUUCUAAUGGAUCAUUCCCAAAAUUGUUUGGUCUAAAAGAAUGUUUAGUUGUGAUUGAACGUCUGCCUAACAAAGAAAGUCCUUUCACGUGCAAAAUUUGUCACAAGACAUGCAAGGGAUCAAAAGGUUUGACUAGACAUAUGACAACAAUACAUUCUGAAGAACGUUCUGAACUUAAAUGCGAUAUAUGCAACAAAAUAUUUACAUAUUUAAGUAAUUUUAACUCUCACAUGUUGAUUCACAGUGGAGUACGACCCUAUGAAUGCACAAUAUGCAACAAGACAUUCACACAAUUAAGUAAUCUAAAAAGCCAUUACCUUAUUCACAAUAAAGUACGUCCACACAAAUGCACAAUAUGCAACAAGACAUUCAAAUAUUUAAGUAACCUAAAAAAACAUUUGCCAGUUCACAGUAGGGAGUCCCAUGAAUGCACAAUAUGCAAUAAGACUUUUUUACAAUUAACUAGUCUGAAAAAACAUUUACUAAUUCACAGUGGAAUGAAUCAUUGCAAUAUAUGCAAUAAAACAUUUACAUAUUUAUGUCAUUUUAAGUCUCACAUGUUAAUUCACAGUGGAGUACGACCCUAUAAAUGUACAAUAUGCAACAACACAUUCACACAACGAAGUAAUCUAAAAAGCCAUUUGCUUAUUCACAAUCAAAUACGCCCUCACGAAUGCACAAUAUGCAACAAGACAUUCACAUAUCGAUCUAACCUGAGAAAACAUUUGUCCAUUCACAGUAGAGAAUCCCGUGAAUGCACGAUAUGCAAUAAGACUUUCAUUCAAUUGAAUAGUCUGAAAAAACAUUUGCUGAUUCACAGCGGUGUGAGCCCCCAUCAAUGCACGAUAUGCAACAUGACAUUCACACAAUCAGGUUCUUUGAAAAGUCAUAUGCUGAUUCAUUCUGGUGAGCGCCCCCACAAAUGCAGCAUAUGCGGAAUGGCUUUUAGACAUAGGUGUGUUUUGAAAAGACACUUGCUGGUACACAGUAAUAAGUACCCUUAUGAAUGCGAUAUAUGCAAUAAGAAAUUUAAGCAAUCGCACCAUUUGAAGAGGCACAAUUGCAAGUGA